UUUUCUCGUAACUGUUUACACGCCGCUCACUAACAAAGGUGUCGCUGUAGCUCCGAGGCGGUUAUGAGGCUAGCCCACUAGCGUUAGCAUGUGGCUAGGCUAACUAGCUAACCAACCCUGAUUACAGUGAUCUUUGCCCGCAGAUGAAAAACGUUACGAUGCGCAGAUGCUGUCUUCCUUUUUUCUUUUUUUUUUCCUCUUUCUUUUAAACAAAAAAACCCCGCGAAUCGUUGAGCGUUUUUUGAUUUCAGCAUAGGCUAAAAUUGGACCUACAUAACCAAUACAAUACAGAUUUACAUAUCCGACUCGGUGUUUUGUGUCCGAACUCUGUUAAUGAGCGAUCGCUCACGGUGCACGUCUCCCAAAGUUGUUGACGUUUUCGUCAUAUUGGGCCGCCUUUGGCGAUGCAGACAUGCGGUAACGUUACACAUCACUGUCGGGGGUGUUUUGCGUUUGGGGUGAUCAAUAGGACUGAUUGUAAACACGCUGAGUGGCUCAUGAGCGGAUGGGGGGAGAGUGCGCGGUGGUGUUUUUGGGUGCAAGGGAAAGCUGCCUGCAUAGUCUGGCACCUGCUAAUAUUGCAACACCUCUCACGGUAUUUUUAAUCCGCAAGUUUGAAUGCGUCUGUAUUCCUCUGAGUUCAAACAGACAAGUCACAGUGUUGGUGCAGGUGGAGCAAAAUUGCAAAAGAAACUGCUGUUUUGAAAAGCAUCUUGCUACACAAAUAUCCUUUUUUCCCAGCCAGAUAGCGGGGCGAAAGGCGGGGAUGUUCUAAGUCUGAGCUCCACGCAGCCGUUCUCAUCUGUCCUUCUUUGAAUCCUGCUGUCACAGCCCCCUUUACCAAGCACCCUCUCCAGUUGUUCAGCACCACUUGCUAUAAUGGAUUGGGCCACACCAGCUGCCAAACUGAACCCCUACACCCGAGCCCGCAUGUCCGAGGCCUGGCAGCAGCAUGCGGUCGCUCCACCUGCGGUCGUCCACACCCUCCCCCCGGGGGCCGAGAGUGCGCUGGGCUGUGCCGUGUAUGGCAUCGUGCUGCAGCCUGACGCAACGUCUUUACAGCAGAGCCAGCAUGGCCAGCAACACAGCGGGACUCCGCAGCUCGGGGGCGGGCAGCACGUCCAGCAGCACCCCGCCCAGGCCCAGCCGACCUCCCUCCAGGUUGGGACAGAAGGGGGACACAAAUGUGGGGCCUGUGGGCACGACAUCUCCCAUUUGGCCAACCCGCACGAGCACCAGUGUAUGGUGAACCAGGACCGGUCGUUCCAGUGCACCCAGUGCAUGAAGAUUUUCCACCAAGCAACGGACUUGCUCGAACACCAGUGUGUGCAGGUGGAGCAGAAGCCGUUUGUGUGUGGGGUGUGCAAGAUGGGCUUCUCCCUGCUCACCUCGUUAGCCCAGCACCACACAGCCCACAACAGCACCAACCCAAUGAAGUGUUCAAUAUGCGAGAAAACCUUCCGACCCGGCUCCUCCGGCAACGUCACGCCCAACUCGAAUAACGCCCAGCAGCCCAGCAGUGACGGGGCGUCGGCGAGCAGUAGCUCCUCCAUCCUGCCCUUCCCGUCGGCGCGGGACCGGCCAUACAAAUGCUCCGUCUGCCAGAAGGGCUUCAAGCACCUGUCCGAACUUACGCGGCACGAGAGGGUGCACACUGGCGAGAAACCCUUCAAGUGCGACACGUGCGACAAAGCCUUCAGCCAGUCGUCCCACCUGCAGCAUCACCAGCGGACGCACAGCAGCGAGCGCCCAUUCAAGUGCGCCGUUUGCGAGAAGAGCUUCAAGCACCGCUCCCACCUCGUGCGCCACAUGUAUGUGCACUCUGGCGAGCACCUCUUCAAGUGCAACCUGUGCGAACUGCACUUCAAGGAGUCGUCUGAGCUCCUCCACCACCCCUGCCACCCGCAAGGUUCCCGGCCGUUCCGCUGCGCCACAUGCGGUAAGGGCUUCAAGCGGCCAUCAGACCUCCGGCAGCACGAGCGCACCCACUCGGAGGAGCGGCCCUUCCACUGCGACGAGUGUCAGAUGAGCUUCAAGCAGCAGUAUGCACUGGUGCGCCACCGACGCACGCACAAAGACCCCUCCGACCGGCCGUUCAAGUGCAAUUUGUGCGACAAGGGCUUUAUGCAGCCGUCUCACCUCCUCUACCACCAGCACGUCCACGGCAUGGACAACCUGUUCAAGUGCGCCUCUUGCCAAAAGGAGUUCAGCCAGUCAGGCGAGCUGCUCCGGCACAAGUGCGGCGAGUCAUCCAACUCCUCGCCGGACAAGCCGUACAAGUGCGACGUCUGCGGCAAGGGCUACAAGAAGAGCUCCACGCUGCAGCGUCACCAGAACUCCCACUGCCAAGAUAAGCCCCUCAAGUGCUCGCUGUGUGACCGCCGCUUCCUGUCCUCGUCGGAGUUCGUCCAGCACCGCUGCGACCCAUCGCGGGAAAAGCCGCUUAAGUGCCCCGAAUGCGAGAAGCGCUUUAAAUACUCGUCGGACCUGAACCGUCACCGGCGCGUGCACACGGGGGAGAAGCCGUACAAGUGCGACCACUGCAACAAGGGCUUCAAACAGCGCGAGCACCUGAUCAAACACCAAAGCACGCACUCCAGGGAGGGCCAGUUCAAGUGUGUUUGGUGCGGCGAGCGCUUCAGUGACUUGGGCUCUUUGCAGGACCACACGGUGCAGCACACAGCUGAGGCAGGGGGUUACCCAGUGCCCCAGGGCUUAUAAAUCCUCCAAGACUGUUGAACAGACAAGUCCCUCACCCAAACCCCUGUCUUCUCGGCUGGCUAUUUAUUCAGCCAAACUAUCUCCACAUUUUGCAGGACAGUCCGAGCUAUUAUCAUUGUAUUCAUUCCCACUGGGUAUACGCCCAGUUUGUGUUGCUUUACUAACCCGCCCAGAGCCCUUUUUAGUACCAUGGUCAUGUCAUUCCAUAAGAUCCUCAAGUCGCAUGUUCCUUUUGGUUCCACCCUCUUUUGCUUUUCGUACCUGUCCCCUCCCCUUUUCUUCCGGCCCCCAAUCAGACAGUUGAUGGCAGGGAAGAGGCCACAACUGCUUCAGCUCCUUCGGUCAUGCUUCAUCAGACGAUGCAGGUUGAUCCAGCAAAUCCCUCCUUAUUUCCUCCCUUUUAUGUUCCCUGAAUGAAUCAAUAGCGUCGAGUAUCCAUCUAAACUGACUUGGCCAGGGACUGUCUUUGCUGCUGGGUUGUACUAGAGGGUCAUCGUUCCCUUUGUUUUUCUUUCCUCUCCAUCCUCCCUCUUCAUCUCUGAUGACGUCUCCUCCCAUCACUUCAGUUUCUCCCUCGCUCAUUCUUCCUCUCAUCUUUGCUUUCUUUUGCUUUCUGCCUCAGUAUCAGAAGACUGGGGGACGUUUUGACUAAACCCCUCAGACACACGUGUACUCGCGUUAAUUUGUCUUCAGUCAGGCGAAGGAUGAUUUCGAAACACUUUUUGGUUUUUCCAUCUCCCUACAGUUAUACAGUUACAGGGCGAAGACUCUUUUGGUCUCAAAACCGAAGCCCUGCGGAGACAUCGCUUUUUAGAAAGGUUAACAUUGUUGGCUGCAAGUUGUCGCCAUGUUGAGAGCCACGUGGAGGCAAAAGAUCCAAUCAGAAUUUUCAAUUCUGCGCCUUUUUGAACAUAUUUAUACGGUAGGGAAAGGUGUGGGGUGGGGGCGGGAUUUAUUGUCCUAAUAAUGAAGUAAUUCCAAUGAUAAUAUGUCUGAGUGCAUGUGUGGGCCAUGCUUUUUAUGGCUGUCCCCGUUCUUACCAAAACACCAGUAUAAAGCAGCGCGCAAUCCCAAAAGUGUGUCGACAAACCAGCCAGCUGACGUUAACGUCAAUAUAAACCCAGAUGAUUGAUGCUAACGUCACCCUUCAGUAUAGACAAAUAUUAAAUAUAUAUAUUUCACACUAAUAUAAUGGUCAUAUCCCUGCAGACGUCAGUGCUGUCAGACAUCUUUGAACUGAGUAUGUCCAAUUUGGAACAUUACACUCCAUCUCUCAGCCUGUACAUACUGUGUGUGUGUGUGUGUGUGCGUGUGCGCGUGUCUUUCUUAAAAACAAUAUGUGAGAACUGUUUUUGUAUUCUUGCUACUUUCUACCACGUGAAAUGUUUUGGAGGAAAGAAAAGUCCUUUUUUUUUUUGUAGUCCGUGUAGUGAUUGUAUCGGUGUGUUGCAGGGAUUCUCAAAGAGCACCCUGUGUGUGUGUGUGUGUGUGUGUGUGUGUGUGUGAAUGUAAACGGUAUUCUGUCAAACAGGGAAAUUCAGACUGUAGAGAAUUGUAUUAGAAAUGUUCAUGCAGAGCCCUUUUUUUUCAUUGUUUAAUUCAGCUGUUUUUGCAGGGAGAGCCUGUGUUCAAUAUUUCCCACGUCUUGGAAGACAUCUGAAUACCGUUCUUUGUUGCGUUGAGCGUGACGCUGCCUCCGUCACAUUGGGGUUUUCUACCGGAGUGAAUGACACCGUCUUCUCCUUCGAAUGCCAUGAGAUUGUAGUUGCGCUCGAGAAGCUCGGAGAACAAGUUGGUUUAUGGUCAAUACCUGUAAUCAGGGGUUCCUUUCGGGUGCAGCUCUGAAUACAAGUGGGGAGGGGUGACUGAAGUAUUUCUUCUUAUUCAGGCUUGCACUUUUAGUUUGAGCCUUAAAGCCUCUCUGCCUCUUUCCUCCUCUCCUGCUUUCUGACUCUGUCUGUUGUCAUCACACAAAGUCGGGUGGUUGUCUCAUCAGCCAGCACAAUUUUUUUUUUUUUUUAAUCUUCUGAAUCUGGCAUUAUAAGACUGAGAACAACUCUGUCUGUGUUUUUUUUAUUUUUAUGUUUUCACAUUUGUUUGUGUAUUUUUUUUAUUAUUAUUAUUAUUAAUCUAUAAAGUGAUAUGAAAAUCUGUAUUCCUGGUUGGAGAGAGCAGGGCCUUGGGGUAGGAUUAGGGGGGGGGGAUAUGUUAACUGCCUGAGUUUUGCUCAGCUUUCACAAUGUCCCAUGGUUUCUAAAGCCAACUCACAGAAGAAGCGAUGUCCCCACACAAAUAAUUAUGUUGGCCGGUAGCUUAAAAGCUAAAUAAUAGGAGCCAGAUGCAUAUGGCAUCAAUGAUGGUGGGGUUCAUAUUUGCCAAGAACUAAGUGCUCAAGGACUUUUGACUUUGACUGGGUGCUGACACAGCAUCAGACGUGUAUGAUAUGAAAAAACAAAAUGACAACAAAAAAGCAGUCCGUAAUGCGAUUGUCCCGUGUGUUUUACAGAGAAACAUUGACGGACAGUGAGGAUCAAUUCUCGGUUCAAAAGCUCAAAUCCCACUUCCAACACACGCAGUCAGGGAAAGGAGAGGAACGAACAUCUCCUGUAUAAGCACAAAUACAAUAAAUCCACCCCAUCUGCAUUUUAACUAGGGAUUUUUUUUUGGGGGGGGGGCAGUUUAGGUGCCAUCCUCGCUGACCUUUCUCGGUAUCAAUGAAUAAACCCGGCAGACCCUGGUGUCUCUUGCUCUCUGCAUGCUUGCUGUGUUAGUUCCUGUGUUCUGUCCCUGGGAACUGGUGCUCCUCCCCUCUACACAGCACUGUUCCCUCCUAUAGCUUUUUAAUUUGUUUAAACUUUUUAAUUUUCAAAUUGUAUUGUAGUUUAUGUGAAUGAUGUUGGAAAAAAAAAAAAAA